UUAUAAUUGAGGUGUACUCCGUACGGCAUCCCGAUCUGUGAAACCGAGAUUAUGUAGUCCUUUGUCGGGUCUAGUUGACCUCCUGCGGCGAUUGAGACGAGACGCAAAAGAACAUGCGCAACAGGUCUGCAGCAAGGGUACAACUGGCCUGCAAGAGAUGCCGGUCCCGGAAAGUGCGAUGCAGUGGCGAGUGGCCAUGCUGUAGAGACUGUUUGAGAAGGAGCCUACCCUGUUCCUAUCCUUCAGCUCAUCCAGCCGCGCCUGAGGAGCAAUUGAGGCAGAAGGAGGCUUCUCUCCCUGGUCAAGACCAUGUUCGACAAGUCGUGGACAUAUUCUUCGAUUACUAUGGAUCGACCUUCUUCACCUUCCUCGUGCGUCACCGGUUCAUGGAAGAUCUGUCGCAAGAUAAAGUGCCUCUGCGGAUGCUGUUCUCAAUUCUCGCUCUUGCCUCAAGGUUCCACGAACCGUUUUACUCCUUGUACAAAGGUACUCUCGAAGCAUCGGAGCACUUCGCCGAGCUGGCUCGUGCGGAACUGGCCACAUCCUUUGACGAUGUCAACAUCCUUGAUCUACAAUGCUAUCUCAUUCUGGCCCUGGUUGAGAUGGGUUGUGGACACGAACACAGAGCAUGGAUCCUUCUUGGAGUUGCGAUCAGGAUGGUGCACAUCUUGCGGCUCAUGAACGAAGAGAAAUUCGAGCGCAAAGACUGGGCCGAUGCCGAAAGCAAACGUCGAUCCUUGUGGUGUUGUUUCAUUCUGGACAAAUUGAUCUCCAAUGGGUCCGACCGGCCUCCUGCUUUUGACUCUGCGUCCAUAACGACACUGCUGCCGGCCCCUGACGCGGAUUUCGUUCUCGGGAGAGAGACUCGAACGACCACCCUGGCCCACCCGAACCAGCAAGAGAGUUUGCUGUCAUACACAAUACGCAUCGUAGAUGUUCUCGGCUCUGUCGUGGCGUGGAGUGGUGCUGGAGGGAGAGAUAUCGAUGACAGAUGUCCUUGGGAUCCUACCUCACCAUUCUUCCGGUUCGACAAGGCUCUGGAUGACUGGGAAGAUUUGCUUCCCCGAUACAUGCAGUUGCAUCCUGAAACUCUGGCUGCCCAUGUGGCUUGCGGACAGGGCAACCUUUUUGCCUUGAUGCAUCUGCUCAACUAUCAUGCGAGAUGCUAUUUGCACCGGGAGUACAUUCCGUUCAUACCACCACAGGGGUACGAUCCUGCCAACGGUCCUUGUGACGGGCCCCCGCUCGCUCGUCGACCGUCGCUUCCAGAACCGCCAGAAUACUGGUUCAAAUCCAUCCAAACCGGGUUUCAAAGUGCCCGUCGCAUAUCAACCUUUUUCCAUGAGAUGGUCGCCCGAGAUCUGGCGCCAUGGGCAUAUCCGUUCUCUGGGAUAUGCCUCAUGACCGCCGGGACUUUUCACGCCUGUUGUUCAUUUUCCACGUGGAAGAGCUGUGAACAGUACAUGGGAGUGCCGGCAAAGAAGCUGUUGGCUGAAGACCUGCGGAAGAUGAUCCAAUUGCAAGAGAUUUGGGCCCUCGCUGCUCACUGGAUCAAAGUCUUGCGGCGCUAUUACGAACGUGUUGGCAUUGACAACAACUGCGACCCCAACAGCGAAGCCAAUGGUAAUAUCCCCAGAGAUGAAGCAAUCGCCGCCGAAGGGAUUUUACAACUCCACGAAGUCGUGGUGCAUUCGAUUUCGGCUGUCACUGAUGCCCCACAAGGGAUUAGUGUACACCUGCCGUCCAAAGAAUUCGACAUAUAUGCCCUGCUUGAAAUGGAUCCUGGAGACUCAUGUUCUGAACCUCCGCUUGAUGAGCUUGCACAACCUCAAGAAGAACAACUGAGGGACGUGGACGAGGAAGAGCUUGAGAUCGCUGGUGUGGAUGAUGUGCAUGAAAUGAUCACGGAGGAUAUUUAUUCCUUCGAGGACUUUUUGUUCUCAUGGAAAUAGCCUACCAGAUAGCUACAUGGAUAAUGUCACCCGUACCAAAAGACUUGCAC